UCAAAAACCAAAAACCCAACAAAACCCCUCCCUCCUUCCCCCACUCUCACUCUCUCCCUCUCCCUAACCCAAAAUGUCAAGAGCCCUCUCUCUUAGACGCUCCCUUCUCCACCUCCACCACCACCGCCCAAAACCCCUCUCCCCCACAACCCCACCACCCCCAAAACCCAUACAAAACCCCUUUUCCCCACUAAACCCAGCUCGCAAAUUCUGCACAUCCCCUACUCCAACUCCAUCAACAAACUCUGAAGUCCGCAAAUACAUAGGCUACACAGCCCUUGUUAUUUUCUGUGGUGCUGCCACUUACUACUCCUUCCCGUUUCCUGACAACGCAAAACACAAAAAGGCUCAGCUUUUCAGGUAUGCUCCAUUACCUGAAGACCUUCACACAGUUUCUAACUGGAGUGGAACCCAUGAGGUCCAAACCAGGAACUUUUACCAACCAGAAAAUAUUGAACAGUUAGAGAAGUUGGUGAAAGAGAAUAAUGAAAAGAAGGCUCGGAUCCGACCUGUUGGGUCCGGGUUGUCUCCAAAUGGGAUCGGGUUGGCUCGGUCUGGGAUGGUGAAUUUGGCUCUUAUGGAUAAGGUUUUGGAGGUGGAUAAGGAGAAAAGGAGAGUUAGAGUUGAAGCUGGUAUAAGGGUUCAAGAAUUGGUUGAUGGGAUUAAAGAAUAUGGUCUUACUUUGCAGAAUUUUGCUUCCAUUAGAGAACAGCAGAUUGGUGGCAUUGUUCAGGUUGGUGCACAUGGUACUGGGGCCAGGUUGCCACCGAUUGAUGAGCAGGUGAUUAGCAUGAAAUUGGUUACCCCUGCCAAAGGAACAAUAGAGAUUUCAAAAGAGAAAGAUCCGGAACUAUUUUAUCUUGCUCGUGUUGGUCUUGGAGGACUUGGAGUGGUUUCUGAAGUUACUUUACAAUGUGUGGAGAGACAAGAGCUCGUGGAACACACGUUUAUUUCAAACAUGAAAGAUAUCAAGAAAAACCACAAGAAAUUGCUAUCUGAGAAUAAGCAUGUCAAAUACCUGCAUAUUCCAUAUACAGACGCUGUUGUGGUUGUGACGUGCAACCCUGUCUCAAAAUGGAAAGGUCUACCCAAAUACAAACCCAAGUAUACUACAGAUGAAGCCCUACUACAUGUCCGUGACCUCUACAAGGAGUCCCUUGAAAAGUACAGAAUUGCUGCUGCUAAAUCAUCAGAUGAUAAUGAACCAGACAUAAAUGAGCUUUCAUUCACAGAGCUAAGAGAUAAACUGCUUGCUCUUGAUCCUCUCAACAAAGACCAUGUUGUAAAGAUCAAUCGUGCUGAGGCUGAGUUCUGGAGGAAGUCAGAGGGAUAUAGGGUGGGAUGGAGUGAUGAAAUUUUGGGCUUUGAUUGCGGUGGUCAACAGUGGGUCUCAGAAAAUUGUUUCCCUGCUGGUACCCUUGCCAAGCCAAGCUUGAAAGACCUUGAAUUCAUAGAGAAGCUGAAGCAGCUCAUAGAGAAAGAAGAGAUACCUGCACCUGCUCCCAUAGAGCAGCGAUGGACAGCUCGCAGCCAGAGCCCCAUGAGCCCAGCCUCAAGCUCAGCAGAGGAUGAUAUAUUCUCAUGGGUUGGUAUUAUCAUGUAUCUUCCUACAAUGGAUGCCCGCCAAAGAAAGGAAAUCACAGAAGAGUUCUUCCAUUACAGGCAUCUGACUCAGGUGGAGUUGUGGGAUAAGUAUUCUGCUUAUGAACAUUGGGCUAAAAUCGAGGUUCCAAAGGACAAGGAUGAGCUUGCAGCUCUUAAAGAAAGGUUGAGAAGGCGUUUUCCUGUGGAUGCAUAUAACAAGGCAAGGAAAGAAUUGGACCCCAACAAGAUCCUUUCUAACAAUAUGCUGGAAAAGCUGUUCCCAUUAUCGGAAACAAAUUGAAAGGCUUCGUUUGUUGGCUGGUUAGUCAUUUUAUUCUUUCAUAUCAUUAUUCUGGAUGCAUCAUCCUUAAUUGGUUGGUUAGUCAUUUUAUUCCUUCGUAUCAUUAUUCUGGAUACAUCGUUUGUGUUGUCCUUUUGUCAAUCUGCUUGGAGCUUCAGCAUAAAUGCCUGGCUGUACAUCAACUUCAGAAAACCAGAAAUAUAGAAUACCGCGUUGUAUUAUUAUGUUCACCAUGACCUCUGAUUGAAGAUGCAUUUUCUCUUUCAUGAAUUGGAAUAAAGAUCCUGUGUCGAUCUUAGCAAGAGCUGUUAAUUUGAACUUUGAACUGUUGUUUUCUAUUGCAUGAUUGAGGGUAUCUCGUUUUUACUUCA